UUUCCGCUCACCACCCGUCGCUCCUUACCCAAUCGUGCCCUCCGGAUCUCGACAUCUUCCCCAUCUGCAGACGGGAGCUGCACACCAUGUCGUCUUCCGAUCAACCCGAGGCCUUUCCGCCGCUCGUCAGGCCCAGCACGACCCGGCAACACAGCGCCAACGUGGUUCGCACGCGACGCCGAAGGAGCUCCAACCUGGGCGGAGACCCGCGCGGCGACACUGGAGCGCAAGCAUUAGCCACGACUGAGCUCUCGCAAUCGCACCAGUCGUCGCGGUCGGACGCGCCGGCCACCUCCACCUCCCCCUCCCACUCCCACUCCCACUCCAAACCCACCAUCAAGUCCUCGAAACGCAGGAAAGCCAAGGGCUUGUUCAACCGGUGGAAGCGCAUGUCGCUCAGGCACACGUGGGUCAAUCCGUUGAUCCUCACUCUGCUCAUACUGGGCGCGUACUUUGUCAGCCCCGGCGAGCAAAAUCCGCUGCACGCGGCCAUCUUCCUGUCAUACCCCAAUCCGGCAUUGGAGGAAAGGACGAGCGCACUGCCCGCACAUGUUGGUCAUGUGGUGCAGUAUGGCAAGGGCAUGAAAGAUUUGGCCUUUGUGGCCUUCUACACCGUCGUCUUCUCGUUCACCCGCGAGUUCUUGAUGCAGCGCAUGAUUCGGCCCAUUGCGAUAUGGUGCGGUAUCAGGAACCGGGAUAAGCAAUCUCGCUUCAUGGAGCAAUUCUACACCGCCAUCUACUUUGGCAUAUCCGGGCCCUUUGGGCUAUAUGUGAUGAGCAGGACACCGGUCUGGUAUUUCAAUGUGCCAGGCAUGUAUGAGGGGUUUCCGCACCGAGCCCACGAAGCGCUCUUUAAGGCAUACUAUCUGCUGCAAGCUUCAUACUGGGCUCAGCAAAGUCUGGUCAUGGUGCUCGGCCUGGAGAAGCCACGAAAGGACUUCAAAGAGCUGGUGCUGCACCACAUUAUCACAUUAUCUUUGAUCGGCCUCAGUUACCGUUUUCACUUUACGUAUAUCGGAAUUGCCGUGUACAUCACACACGACGUCUCUGACUUCUUUCUCGCUACAUCAAAACUGAUGAAUUACCUGGAUGCAUGGAUCACCCCACCCUACUUCGUGUCUUUCAUCGCCAUUUGGGCGUACACUCGUCACUAUCUGAACCUACGCAUCCUGGCUUCACUUCUUCCUGGUGGAGAAUUCCAGACUGUGGGGCCGUACACACUGAACUGGGCAACUCAACAGUACAAGUGCUGGAUCUCUCAGACCAUUACUUGUGCUCUCCUCGCUAGCUUACAGGCCGUGAACUUGUUCUGGUUCUUCCUGAUUUGCCGCAUUCUAGUACGUUUCAUCCGCACCGGCGAAGAGCGAGACGAUCGUUCGGAUGUCGACGAGGACGAAGGCGCGGACGAGGAUGUUGCCAACCAGCCUCUGAUGGGGGAUACCACGCAGCCAACGGUUGAGCUAAACGGGGAGCCGAUUGAAGCACCAGGUACCGGCAUCGAUGGGAGGGCAGGGCUCAGAAAGCGAUGAAUGCCUCCGGUAUGGUAUCGGCUUUUGCGGAUUUUUGUAGCGUUCAAAGCAGCAUAAUGUGGACCAUAGAUACCGGUGUGCCUUCUCCCCGGCUGGAGAUGGACUGGUUGGUUGUGCUUGAAUAAGAGUGAAGCCAGUGUAGGAUUAUGUUGAUGGACAGCAAGGACAUAGGCACGACGAUGAUUAUAUAUUUGUACAAGCC